AUGUGGAAGGAAGUUGACGAUGAAAAAGAGUGUCUCUUUGCCCUGAUGUUGCAAGUACAGGAGAAGUUGUCAAAGAAGAGGAAUGGGGGACGUCAAGUCCAACCCAUUGCGGAAAGUGAUCUGAGGCAAUGUAGCUGGGAGCAGGUUCUGAACGAAGUCAACACAACUGCGGAGCGGUGGAAAGGCAGCCCAGAUAAAGAGAGCAAGACAAUGGUUUUCAUCGACAAGAUAGGCAAGUACAGUGGAGCUCUCGAAACCUGGCUUGGGUUGUUGCCGAUGGGCGACUAUGGAUCCAGUAUUUGCGGCGUCUUUAAGCUGGCCAUUGGGGCAAGUGAAAAGGCUGCCACCCAGUACAGCAGCACCGGAGAAGCCAUCUUCCAGUUCCUGUCUGAUAUACCAGACAUUAUGGAGAAUGCAAGGCAAACCUUUGCUCUAUAUAAAGAGAUGGGAGGUCAUUCACUCGAUCGGCGAAGCUUUGAACUCUUCAGAGCAGUUCUAUCAGCGCUUAACCAUAUCAUGCAGUUUUUCGCAGACAGCAAAAUGGAUAAGUUCUUCCAGGUCACCAUAAAGCAAAGCGCAUACAAAAGCGAUUUGCAAAUCAGCGUUGACAACGUCAGAAAGCAAGCCCACGCAUUCAAAGAAGAGGCUCACAUUUGCCAUGCAAGAGAAACUCACGAAAAUUCGCAUCUUUUGGCAAGAAUCAAGGCGGACAAUGAAAAUUUUCAAAAGCGUCUCCUUCAAAUGCUGGAGUCCAGCCCUCUGUUCCGAUCAAACCGCUCAGAACGUCUAGCACCAGAGCAUCGAUCUUCCACACCAAGGAUCGCAGCCUACGACAUGGCAAAUGUGGACUAUACAGUGCCGGGCGACGGCGCCGAGUCUAGCCUACUGUUGCCUCAUGUUAUGUCGCAGGAGGUUCGCAACCACCUCGAAAGAAGGAUGGCCGAUGACAAAGCGGAAUCAGAUGCGAAGAGGUCAAAACUCUAUCAGAUUCUUGGUUAUGACGAGAAUGGCGUUCAGCAGGACAUCGCUUCUUGUCUCCGACAUGGCUAUCGUUUGGAAGAGAAGGGGAAGUCCAAGGCUGCCGUUCUUUUUCAACAUCGCGACUUCAGGUCAUUUGUGAGACAGUCCAAAGCCUCGACAUGUCUGUUAGUAAACGGCAGAGAUGAAAUUGCCGCUUCCGAUGGUAUAUCUCCGCUUAGCUUGGCGAUGGCUGAGCUCAUGCGCAUAUCUCAGGCUGCGGAGACAGAGAUGGGACAAUCCUUCGUUAUUGCCUUCUUCUGCGGCGAACACCGGCCUAGAUACUCGCCAGACACUGAUGUAGCGUGGCAUUCGUCAGCAAUUGGCCUCAUUGCGAGUCUGAUCGGUCAACUACUCCAUCAGAUGACAGACAAAGGAGCCAGAAUUGACCUCUCCUUCUUGACAUAUUCCAAAUGGAGGAAACUGACGAGGCUUGAACCGAAGAUUCUUUGCGUAUUAUUCAAAAGGUUGGUGAAGCAAAUGCCACCGGGCACUGUAGUAUUGUGUAUUGUCGACGAGGCAGCGAUAUACGAAAUAGGAGGACUCCAACCCCAUUUCGUUUUCAUCAUGGACAAGUUGUUACAGCUGGUGAGGAGCUUUGCAGAUGGACCGCAAAUUUUCAAACUGCUCGUCACUUGCCAAGAUCGAGCCGUGGCUGUAUCUCAACUUUUCGGAGAUCACAUCCUGGAUUUGCCGGAGACAGUUGAUGAGAACGACUCUGCGCAGUACGUGAUAUCUAGAAUAGGGCUAGAAUAG